AUGGACAACCAAGAUUUGGACUUUGAACCUUCCGAGGUCGCCAACGCCAUGCAGCUGCGAACCAGAAAACACCAGAAAUUCGACGACGUCGAGAACCAGCUCGUCAACCCCAAAGUAUCCGCCCCGUACCAAUUCUCCGUCAGCAAUGUCCUCAACGAGAUAAGCACCUGGAACCCCUUCGCCAAGGCCAUCGUCAAGGGCGACGUCGUCUGGCUCUUUGACAACACCGCCUUCAAGGCCGCCGAGCACGAGCCGUGGCAGGCAGAGUUCAUCAUGGCCGUGUUUGAGAACGAGCCCAAGUGCGCAGUCGCCGACAUCGUCGCGGGCAUUGCGGGCGCCAUUGGAUUGGCUGACGAUGCGGAGGAGCGCAAGACGAUUGAGGAGAGGCUGUUGCCGUUCUUGUGGGACAUUCAGGCGGCGAGGACGACGACGGUGUCGCAGGGGGAUUUGGAGCUGAAGCUGGGGCCGAGUGGAUUUAAUGGCAUUUCGACGAAUGUUUUGAAGUUGCUGCAUAACAGCAAGGCGUCGUUUACUACCAAGAAGACCACAUUAGAUAUUGAGGGUGUGAGCGGUGUUUUGAGCAUGGAGACUCAUUUUGCGGCUCCUGAAGGUUGGGGCAUCAUAUCUGAUAUUGACGACACAAUCAAAAUCACAACAACCAGUGACCCCGUCGGCAUCCUCAAAGAAACAUUCAUCAACGCCCCAUCCCCAGUCCCAGGAAUGCCCGAGCUCUACGCAGGCAUCAAGUCGUUUCUCCCCCACAACACGCCGUGGUUCUACCUCUCCGCAUCUCCUUACAACCUGUAUCCUUUCCUCAAGGGCUUCCGGGACACGUACUACCCCCCAGGAACCUUUAUCCUGCGGGAUUCCAGCUGGAAGACCGUGUCCGGACUUUUGUCUUCGCUGACGGUCGGCACGGAGGAGUACAAGGUGGACCGCAUGAAGAAGAUCAAUUCGUGGCUGCCGAAGCGGAAGCUCAUCGUUUUUGGAGACUCUACGCAGUCUGAUCCCGAGGCAUAUGGCGAGAUUUAUCGAACGUUCCCUGGCUGGAUCAGGAUGAUUUUCAUCCGCAAGGAUACCAAUUCGGCUUCCUUUGGUCUCGCGGAGAAGAAUGAGCCGCAGAGGUUCGAAAAGGCAUUUACGGGUAUCCCCAGAGAUUCCUGGCACGUCUUUGAGAAUCCUGAUGAGUGUUUGGAUCUGGUGAAGAAGGCCGUCCAGAGAAAUUCAUAA